CUGAGACAGUGUGUGAGCCCGCUCGCAUGCGUCUGCCCCCAUGUCCGCCCGCCUGGGCACUUGCAAGGCGUUGGCAUCGAAAGUGGCUGGGUAUGCCGUAGGCUAUGGGAUUUUGCUCACUUUAUGCAUCGUCGCUCUUUCCAUGUUUGCACGUCGCACGUCGACAGGAUGCUUUCUCCCCAUAGCCACCGCCGCCAUAUUUCUCUCGUCGACGAUCUGGCUUGCUCUUAACUUUCGGGUUGCUGUCCUCACAUGCCUGGGGGAGACGCCGAGCAUUAUGUCGCGAGUCGCGAGGCUCAACAUUGCCUAUGUCGUAUUCUUCCGAAUAACCUACGUGCUUUCUGACGCCGUCGUGGUGUGGCGCGCAUGGGUCCUGUGGCCGGGGAGCAGGAUGAUAAAGGCAAUUCUCUCGCUGUCUAUGCUGGGGACCAUAGCGGGUAGUAUUGCUGAAGCUGUCCUGAUCAGCAUCAGCUCGAAAGAGACCGUUACCACAGUGACGCCGCCAGGAUCAGUCCUCUGGCCGCGCUUUCUGCUCUCCACGCUGCCUAUCAUCAUAACGAACAUCAUCGCUACUGGCAUAACCGCGGCCAAAGUCUGGGACUACCGGACCAAUGUCAAGUCUUCUUUGCCACAGAAGAGCGCGCCUGUCCGGGUGAUGAAGAUCCUAUUGCUGUCCGUUGAAUCGGGACUUCUGUAUGCUACUUUCUGGAUCACCACCUUUCUUGUUGGAGUUGCCGACUUACCAGCUGCAUAUGGAUUGACUAAUCCAUAUGCCCCUGGCGCGGUCAUGUCCAACAUCUUACCUUCUAUCGCGGCUAUAUAUCCCCUCAUCAUCGUCAUAUCCUCGACCGCUCAAGCCUGCCCCUCGCAUACCAUCGGUACCUUGCUGCUUUCCCGUCUUCGCUUUACGAGGCGACGACGGCCCAUGCGUAUAAACUCAAAUGUUCUGAACAUCACUUCCGACCCGGAUGAUAGCUACGACGAGGUCGUGUCCUCGUUGGUCGCGCGUCCGGGGCCAGAUAGAUAUCGCGCUACCAUCUCCGACCACACUGAGCAACGCUAACUUAUAUACUGUAUGUAUCAUAUCGAGCAAUUGUUAUCGGGUCUCUUGCGUUC